AUGGAUCAGCUGACAGCAAAAUUUGAUCUGCUCAAUGUCACGGAGAGGAGCGAUGCUGCCACCAUGAAGAAGAGGGCUGUGGGCGGCGGACGCAGCAGCAUCAGCACCACCGCAGCCCCGGCUGGCGCCUCCAGAUGCUCCCGGAGCAGCAGCGGCGGGCUGCAGCCGAACUGCCCGGACCCCGGUCCCCCCGGUCCCCCCGGUCUCCCCGGUACCCCAGGUACCCCCGGCUCUCCCGGAGCGCGCGCCGGUAACCGUCCCGAGGUGAUGGACGACACGGAGGACGGAGAAGAGGAGUCCAAGUUCCAGCAUCCGCGGCUGCGGCGCGCCGGGGGGAGCGGAGGAGGAGGAGGAGGAGGAGGAGGAGGAGGAGGAGGAGGAGGUAGUAUCAGGAUGAAGAACUUUACGCCAGGAGGGGGAGCCUCGUCCUCGGCUUCCAGGAGGAACUCCAGCAAGGAUCCGUGCGUUCCGCAGGCAGAGGAGCCUCCCGCCGCGCCUCGGCCCGCUGCUGCCUCCGGAGCCUCUCUCACUUCCAGCCCGGGCGAUGCUGCCCGGCGCGGCCACAGCAGCACGGCAUCCGGGGCGGAGGCGGCGCAGCUUCUAACCGCGACAGCGGCCGAUGCUUGCAACGGCGCCGCUCCAGCUUCCAGCAUGAAAUGCAACAAAAACGGAGAAUGCAGGCGGGACUCCGGCACCGGGAGCCUGCGCUCCACCGUCUCCAAGCAGGAGAAGCAGGCAGGCGGGUCCGGCAGAGCCGAGGACGGAGGCGGCGCCCGGCGCGGCGCCUGUAACUCCACCACCGCCAGCAUGGACGGCUCCAUCACGCCCGGCGGGUCCCUGGCCGGGGCGCACGGCGCGGACAACCCCGGAUCCACCCCGGUGUCCGGCGGCGUCCCCGAGAAGAAGGACUCCAAGGUGUCCUUCUCCAACGCGCCGAGCCGGAAAGCCUCCUCGUCGCUGCACGGCCCGUCUCAGAGCCAGCAGCCCCGGAACUCUGUCACCUUCCAGAAGACCGAGGAUGGACCGGCCAUCGUGCCCGCAGAGGACGCGGAGCCCCGGGGCAGCCAGGCCAGCUUCAUGCAGCGGCAGUUCAGCAGCAUGCUGCAGCCGGGAGUUAACAAAUUCUCCUUACGCAUGUUCGGUAGUCAGAAGGCGGUGGAGAGGGAGCAGGAGAGGGUCAAAUCAGCCGGGAACUGGAUUAUUCACCCCUAUAGCGAUUUCAGGUUCUACUGGGAUUUUACAAUGCUGCUGUUCAUGGUGGGCAACCUGAUCAUCAUCCCUGUGGGCAUCACCUUCUUCAAGGACGAGACCACGACGCCCUGGAUCAUCUUCAACGUUGUCUCCGACACCUUCUUCCUCAUGGACCUGGUGCUCAACUUUCGCACUGGAAUCAUCAUCGAGGACAACUCAGACAUUAUUUUGGACCCUAAGACCAUUAAGAAGAAGUACCUAAAGACUUGGUUUAUUGUAGACUUCAUCUCCUCCAUCCCGGUGGAUUACAUCUUCCUCAUCGUGGAGAAGGGAAUCGACUCGGAGGUGUACAAGACGGCCCGCGCCCUGAGGAUCGUCCGCUUCACCAAGAUCCUGAGUCUGCUGCGGCUGCUGAGGCUCUCCAGGCUGAUACGCUACAUCCACCAGUGGGAGGAGAUCUUCCACAUGACCUACGACCUGGCCAGCGCCGUGAUGCGGAUCUUCAACCUGAUCGGGAUGAUGCUGCUGCUGUGCCACUGGGACGGCUGCCUGCAGUUCCUGGUCCCCAUGCUGCAGGACUUCCCGUCGGACUGCUGGGUGUCCCUCAACAAGAUGGAGAACGACACCUGGUCGGAGCUGUACUCCUUCGCCGUCUUCAAGGCCAUGAGCCACAUGCUGUGCAUCGGCUACGGCCGGCAGGCCCCGGAGAGCCUGUCCGACAUCUGGCUCACCAUGCUCAGCAUGAUCGUGGGCGCCACCUGCUACGCCGUCUUCAUCGGCCACGCCACGGCGCUCAUCCAGUCGCUGGACUCGUCCAGGCGGCAGUACCAGGAGAAGUACAAACAAGUGGAGCAGUAUAUGUCCUUCCACAAGCUGCCUGCUGACUUCCGACAGAAAAUCCAUGACUACUAUGAGCACAGGUACCAGGGCAAGAUGUUUGACGAGGAGAGCAUCCUGGGAGAGCUGAGCGAGCCUCUCAGAGAGGAAAUCGUCAACUUCAACUGUCGGAAGCUGGUGGCCUCGAUGCCGCUGUUCGCCAACGCGGAGCCCAACUUCGUGACGGCCAUGUUGACCAAGCUGCACUUCGAGGUGUUCCAGCCGCAGGAUUAUAUCAUCAGAGAAGGAACCAUCGGCAAGAAGAUGUACUUCAUCCAGCAUGGCGUCUGCAGCGUCAUCACCAAAGGCACGCUGGCAAUGAAGCUCUCGGACGGCUCCUAUUUCGGCGAGAUCUGCCUGUUGACGAGGGGUCGGAGGACAGCCAGCGUUCGAGCAGAGACGUACUGUCGACUCUACUCUCUGUCUGUCGACCACUUCAACGAGGUGCUGGAGGAAUACCCCAUGAUGAGACGAGCCUUCGAGACGGUCGCCAUUGACCGGCUAGACCGCAUAGGUAAAAAGAACUCCAUCCUGAUGCACAAGGUGCAGCACGACCUCAACUCCGGCGUUUUCAACAACCGGGAGAACGAGAUGAUCCAGGAGAUAGUGAAGUACGACCGUGAGAUGGUGAAGCUGGUGGACCUGCAGCGGCCGCGGGCCAUGUCCAUGACGCCCUCCAUCGGUGGGAUUUUUGCCCCCCCGGGUCAGCCUCCCACGGGCUCUGCCAUCGCGACCCUGCAGCAAGCUGUGGCCAUGAGCUUCUGUCCUCAGAUGGCGAGUCCCUUGGUGGGACCGUCGACUCUGCAGUCUCCUCGUAUGGUGCGAAGAUUUCAGGUCAUGCAGAACCUGGCGAGUCCCGUGUCCAUGUCUCCUCUCCAGUCUCAGCCCCCUCAGACGCUGGGAGGGGCGUUCGGAUCUGCAAUUUCCAGCCCGCCCGUCCAAAGUCCGCUGGCAGCUUCGGGACGGACUUUCCAGUACAUGGCGAGCGCCGGGCCGUCGGGCUCCCAGCUGUCGCUGGUCCAGCACCACGCGCCCAGCCCCACACAGACCCAGCAGAGGCCCGCCUCGCACAAGAGCACCCACUCCCUUCACACGGGCAGUCUGAGCCAGGACACCCGGGCCCUGUCUGCCUCCCAGCCUUCGCUCCCCCAGGAGGCGGCGCCACAGGCUGCCUCUGCGGCCCCCAGCCCCCCGCCCUCCACCCGCACCUCCAACACCUCCAUCGGCCCCCCGCAGCCCCCCCACCCCAGCCUGCCAGGGCCCUCGGGGGUGGGGAGGCCGGCGGUAGCCCAGCAGAGGGUGGCGUUUGCCUCCACCCCCCCUCCUGGACCUUCUGGAAUGGGGGCAGUAGCAGCAGCUGCUGGAUCAGGACCUCCAGACUCUGGAGUCCCCAAGAAAGAUUCGAUUGUCAGCCUUCCAGAGCUAGACUCUGCCAGAUCCCGGCUGUCUUCCAACUUGUGACCCUGGUAGAGUUCAGGAACGAGGCCUUUUUUGUAGGAGUACCUGUUGGGUUGAGGUCAGUCCAGCUGAUCUGUCAGCCUGCUAAAUGACCAAUCAGCUAGCGCCGGCGCCGCCAGGCGUUCCACCCGGACGCACUGAGAGCCGGCGUCAGCAGAAGGAAAAGAGCUACGCGAAGUCGUGAGACACUUUGGCUAGGAGGAGUCUAUACAAUUAAACUAGUAUAACUUAAGGUGGAACUGGUCUAGUCUACUGUGCCAGCACCUUUAGUCUUAGUAUCACCCCUUUCAACCUGCUUCCAAACACCUACUGUAUAUCGCUGUCUUUACUGUAAAGAUAUGAAGAAAAGUACGAUUAAUGUAAUUAUUGCAUACUGUGUAGAAUCCAUGCAAUGCAAUCUAGCAGGAGCUGGACUUAAAAAUGAAAAUCAGGGACUUGAGGUCAAACGACAAUGACAUUUUAAGCGUUCAAAAGUGUUUUGCGUGUAAUUUCUUUUCUGUAAACGCUGUCGUAGCAAAAGAACACAUUGCUCUUCAUAUUGUUUAAAGCAGUAGUGGAAAUAGUGUUUUAGACCGCUGGUCGAUCUUACAUCGAUGUGUAAAUAGAAAAAAGUACGGAAGGAUAAUAUAUUCAUUGUAUCUACCCAAACCAAAGUUGAGCUUGAACACCAAGUCUGGUUGUGUCUGUAUCAACGAAAAAAGAAACAUAGAAGAAAAUGCCAUUUAUUUAACUGCCUUGAUUCAACGUUAGAAGCCAUAUAUUUGGUUGGUGUGUAUGUACUGUAUAUAUGUGGGCGUGUGUGAGUGUGUGCGAGUUUGUUUGGUUUGUUUUCGGUUCCAUUUCCAGAGAAUGGACUCACACUCUCUACA